CUCCAUUUUUCUCCUCCCACUGAUUUUGCAUUUUAGCCCCUCAGGAAGCUCGGAUUUCGGCCCCGCUCCGGCGGACCGCUUCCGUUCGUGCUCUGCUCCGACCGAGCGCGCCGCGCCGUGGGGGGCAGCUGCGAGGACUCUCGUUCGGCGGCUCUGGUUCUCGGCUUGGUCCCGUUUCUUCCCCAACAAAUCUCGUAAUUUUUCGUCCAGAUUUGGCUUCUCGCCGCCCGUCUGGGUCUUUCUCGUGCGUUUCGCCUUUGGUUUCGCCGAUUUGGUGCCGGAUUCGGUGGGUUGCGGCCGAGUAGCCUGGAUCUCGGGCGCGGGUCUAGCGCUAGGAGCCCUCACACUGGGGAUUUCCUGCCGGAGGAAGCUUUUCAAGGGAGCUAGCAGCUAGUAGCUAGCUGCCUUUGGGAGCAGUAGCUCUUCUAGUCUCUGAAGGUUUCACCAUACGCGGUGGAGAGCGCUAUUAGCUUGAGGAGUAGAUUUCGUGUAGCGGUGAGCAAAGUUUGGGUGUCAAGUCUGGUGGUGGAAGCCUUCAGGCUUGAGAUUUUCUCCAAGGAGCACGCCGUCUCUGGAAGGAAUUUCCUGCCAUCCCAGAGGCUGCCGAUUUCCUCCCUCCCGGGAAGCAAGCAAGGGCUUUCUUCUAGACGAGCUCUUCUGGUUCCUUAAGUUUGUGGGCCGUGGCUAUUUAAUCUCCAACUGCAUCCCCAGAUAUUCACCAAAUUCUGUGAGACUGGGAACUCCGGGAUUGGUUUGGAUAAGGUGUUCUGGGAAUGGGGAACCAAUGCCCAAACGGGACCCUUGGGAGUGACUACUACAACCGCCCGACGUCCAGGUUCGCUGAUGGUUGUCUUGAGGACGAUCGCUACUCUGACUUGAAGAAGUUUGACAAGCCAUGGCCUGAGGUGAACUCGUUUAAGCCCACUGCUGUUGGUAUUUUGAAGAGGGGAUUGGAUCCAACGUCAAUCACUGUCCUUGAAAGGAAGACGGCCGACAUAAGGGAACAUUAUAUCAUUGGUCGGAGGCUUGGUCAAGGCCAGUUUGGCACAACAUUCCUCUGCACCGAGAUCAGUACAGGGUGUGAGUAUGCAUGCAAGACAAUCCCAAAGCGAAAGCUCAUCACCAAGGAGGAUGUUGAGGAUGUGCGCCGUGAGAUCCAGAUAAUGCACCAUUUGUCAGGCCACAAGAAUGUUGUUUCCAUCAAGGAUGUAUACGAGGAUGGGCAGGCGGUGUAUAUUGUGAUGGAGCUCUGCGCCGGUGGGGAGCUCUUUGAUCGAAUUCAGGAGAAAGGGCAUUAUAGCGAACAGAAGGCUGCAGAGCUCAUAAGAAUCAUUAUUAGCCUUGUGGCUAUGUGCCAUUCACUUGGGGUUAUGCACCGUGAUCUAAAGCCAGAAAACUUCCUCCUUUGGGAUAAAGAAGAUGACCUGUCAAUAAAAGCAAUCGAUUUUGGUCUAUCUGUGUUCUUCAAACCAGGUCAGGUUUUCACUGAGCUGGUUGGAAGUCCAUACUACGUUGCUCCUGAGGUACUACACAAACGGUAUGGACCAGAAGCGGAUGUGUGGUCAGCUGGAGUGAUACUGUAUGUUUUGCUUAGUGGGGUGCCACCUUUUUGGGCAGAGACGCAACAAGGUAUAUUUGAUGCUGUCUUGAAGGGGCACAUUGAUUUUGACUCGGACCCAUGGCCUAAGAUAUCUGAAAGCGCAAAGAAUCUCAUAAGGAAGAUGCUCUGCCCUUGUCCUUCAGAGCGUCUGAAAGCCCAUGAAGUACUACGCCAUCCUUGGAUCUGUGAAAAUGGAGUGGCUACUGAUCAGGCUCUUGAUCCCGGUGUUCUCUCUCGUCUCAAACAAUUCUCCACAAUGAACAAAUUAAAGAAGUUGGCUCUGAGAGUGAUAGCUGAACGACUUUCUGAGGAGGAGAUUGCUGGGUUAAGACAAAUGUUCAAGGCAGUUGACGUUCAAAAUAGAGGCGUAAUUACUUUUGGUGAACUUAGACAAGGUUUAAAAAGAUAUGGUAGCGAAUUGGAGAAUAGAGAAAUUAGUGAUAUAAUGGAAGUGGCUGAUAAUGACAAUAAUGUGACCAUCAAUUAUGAAGAAUUUAUCGCUGCAACUGUGCCUCUUAACAAAAUAGAACGUGAGGAGCACCUGAUGGCAGCUUUUACCUACUUCGACAAAGAUGGAAGUGGUUAUAUCACAGUUGACAAGCUGCAACGAGCUUGUGGAGAACAUGACAUGGAUGACACUUUCCUUGAAGAGAUAAUUUUAGAAGUUGACCAAAACAAUGACGGUCAGAUUGACUACGCCGAAUUCGUAGCCAUGAUGCAAGGCAGCAAAGUUGGACUUGGGUGGCAACAAAUGGAAACCACUCUGAAUGUAACCUUGAGAGAUGCACCUCAAGUACACUGUCACUGAUGCGCUCGCCAUGUACAGAUUUUGUUCUCUUCUCGUGUUCAUCGUUUCUCCACACGACCUGAGAGUUCCGGUCGACAUGACAUGUAUCACGAGGAGAGAGCAAAUCAAUCGAUUCAUUUAGUGGUAUUUAUCCCAAAUAAAGUGUGGGCUGGCAGGCAGAAUAUGGUUUGUCAUGAGAGACACUAGUAUGGGUUUAUAUGUAUAAAUAUAUAGCAGUGGUGGUAUAUUGGUUU